UAUGCGCUGCUUGGGGUUUUUUUCUCCACCGGAGAGCUGUAACCAGGCAACGAGGCGAACACAGGGCACCUCGACAAUAGUGUAAAUGGAUGAAUGAGCAUCCAAAGGUAUAUUUAUUUAUCCUUGUCCAGGAUGGACUGCGUGUAAUAACAGUGUGGAUGUGAACACUGGUCAUAUUUAUAGUGGCGUUUGGAGAUAAAGAGGAGUAAAAGGCAGCCGUCGCAAACGGGCAUUAAUGCUGGCCUUCUUCAUCUGAUCUCAGAGGGGUAUUUUAUUACUACUGUUAUAUUAUAUUAUAUUAUAUUAUAUAGAUUGUGUGCUGGCUGACAGUAGAGCGGUGAGAAUGCACAUUGCGAAAGAGAGCUCGCUUUCUCUCGCCAUCAUGCUCUCACACGUCUGGACGGAUUAGCGGUGAAGAUCAAAAGCCUCUCGGAGUUUUGCGGUGCUUUGCGUGUCAUGUCGGAGUGAAAGACACGCAAACGGACAGCCGACAAACUACAACAACCAGCUGCUUCCAGCUCAGUCUGACACAAUGGGAGAGCAGCCCAUCUUCAGCACCAGAGCCCACGUCUUCCAGAUCGACCCCAACACCAAAAAGAACUGGGUCCCUACCAGCAAGCACGCCGUCACCGUGUCCUACUUCUACGACAGCACUCGCAACGUCUACCGCAUCAUCAGCCUGGACGGAUCCAAGGCCAUCAUCAACAGCACCAUCACCCCCAACAUGACGUUCACUAAGACCUCGCAGAAAUUCGGCCAGUGGGCAGACAGCAGAGCCAACACCGUCUACGGCCUGGGCUUCUCGUCCGAGAGCCACCUAAGCAAAUUCGCAGAAAAAUUUGCAGAGUUUAAGGAAGCUGCACGGUUAGCAAAGGAGAAAUCUCAGGAGAAGAUGGAGCUGACCAGCACGCCCUCACAGGAAUCAGCUACAGGUGACCUGCAAUCACCUUUGACCCCCGAGAGCAUCAACGGGACGGACGACGAGCGGAUCCCACCCGACGCCUCUCAGAACUCUGAGCCGAGAGCCGAGACCAACGCGGUGCCCUUCCCACACAGCAGCUCGACUAACAUGAAUAAGCACUGGGAGGCCGAACUGGCGGCGCUGAAGAGCAACAACGCUAAGCUAACAGCAGCCCUUCUGGAGUCUACAGCCAACGUUAAACAGUGGAAACAGCAGCUAGCUGCUUAUCAAGAGGAGGCAGAGAGACUGCACAAAAGGGUGACAGAACUGGAGUGUGUCAGUGGGCAGACAACAGGGAUCAAAAACCAGAAAACAGAACUGAACCAGACGAUAGAGGAGCUGGAGGCAGCGCUGAAGGCCAAGGAGGAGGAGCUGGAACGACUAAAAGCAGAGGUUGAGAAAGCCAACGAUUUGCAGACACAGAAAGACACGGCCACUCAGAAACUUCAGGAAACGGAGACAAGGACGACAGAUCUGGAAGCUCAGCUAGCUGAGCUGGAGAAGCGUGUUGAAAGCAGUCAAACGGAACAGGAGACUUUUCGCAGAAACCUGCGUUCGCUUCUCGAGCUGCUCGACGGCAAGAUCUUCGAGCUGACUGAGCUGAGAGACAACCUGGCCAAACUGAUCGACGGAGGAAGCAGCUAGAGUCUGCAGGAGCACACUGCCCUCUGGUGGAGGAAAUACAUACACACACACACACACACACACACUCACACACACAUUCAUGCCAGCACAGCAAACUUCAUUAAACAUGCAUGCAAACAGACAGAUGGAUAAAAAUAUACAUGUUCUCACACAGGUGCACUUCCACAACCUGGUGCCUGCACACACACACACACACACACUCACACACACACACAUUAGGGAGGUUUUGACCUGCUUUUUUAAAAGAACAUUACACAUAUAAAAAGGGCAUCUCCAAUUAUUUUGUACCAUCACACCGGGGAGCUUUUCACACUGAGACGGCCGUCACUGUGUCUCGGUGAGAUCUUUUGUCCAACAUCCAUGUUUCUAGAUGUUAGAUGUGAGAGUUAUCACUGCCCCUAGUGGUCAAUAGCGGGAACUGCAACAAGUAUUAUUAGAGGCCUACUGGGGUGAGAAUCACACUGCCCCAUGCUCAUGAAGAGCAGCAUUGAUUAGGACCAUUUUAAAUACUCUCGAACUAAAGGAUCUUGAUUUGUAACAAGUAAUCUGAAUUAAAUCUACUCCCUUUAUGCUGUUUUUAGAUAGAUUAAUAAAAGCAUCGUAGAAGAUUUUUUGAGAACACAGUGUCUACUUUUUCCAGUGGCUGAAAUGUGUUGGAGUGCAAUUUUACAAAGCUACACCUCACAGAAGGGGCCGCUGGACCGUACGCUAUAUCAAUUCUAUAGAUUAUUGACUCUCCACUUUCUUAAAUUGCAGGAUUGCUCUAAAAAUUCACAUUAUAACAUCUCAUAGUGAGGACUGAAACUCACCCUGUACACUACAUUGUAUGUUAUUGUAUUGGCUUUAACUCUAAAGGGUAUUAUUGACUCACUGGAUCGUUGCUGUAACGAGGAUUUCUAAACCCCCAUCAGAGUUCAAGCUGUUUUCCUCCACCACAACUGGACCUGGAAUUUUUUCUUCAACGGGUGUCUUUAGAAAGUCGAGUGACUAAGUGAGAAUUGUGGAUUACGAUUACACAAUCAGAGACACGAACAAAUCGACAAAUAUCUGAAUUUAUUUUUUAUUCUUUUCCAUUAUUUAUAACAAAUCUGCCACCAUCAGCAAAGGAGAUUGAAUAUUCCCAGAUGUUGAAUAUUCAAGGUCCUUGUAUAUCUUGUCAAGCACCCACUUUGUGGUACCUCCAGAACCUGACGAGUCGACACGUCGCGUUUGUGGAUUUAACUCGAGCAGAAAAACCAUCCUUCCACUAUCAGAGCAAUACAAAAGGAAAAAAAUCCACAAACGUCUCACUUUCAGGUAUUCUACUUCCCUCUUAUUCGAAUGAGACGUUAUGAUGGAAACACACACACACACACACACACACACACACAAAUGGAACACUUUGCAGUGACUUUGAAGCAGUCUUUCAUUUCUACACAUUUUUCUAACAUAUAAAUAUUACUGAUUUAUAGUGCACUUGUGCAAAUGUGUAAACUGACCUGAGUAAACUUUUUUAUUAUUAUUAUUAUUAUUAUUAUUAUUAUUAUUAUUAUUAUUAUUAUUAUUAUUAUUAUUAUUAUUUAUGUAUUUAUUUUUGCAGCGAUAGACUUGAAUUGAUCAAAUUCUUUUGACCUUAUGAUUUACGAUAAUUUUAUUGUGUUCAGAGAAAUAUUCAGAAACGCUUCAUUAAUUUUCAGAAAGUGGUUUUAUUAUUUUUUUUUUUCACCUUUUUUGAAUUUUUCUUUUUCUUUUUUUUAUCGUGCGAGGCAAAAACAUAUUAUGGCUGUCUUUUUAUUAUGUGGAAAUCAAAUCUGGCAAUAUUUUUAAGCUAUUUAAGUAUUUAAAAGGUACACGAUAACACCGUCACCUAUUCCAAGCAGGUGUAUCUUUGAAGAAAGUUUUUCUUUUCUUUUUUUUUUCUUCUUUUGUUUUUGUGGCAAUCGAUGUUUUCCUGUACAGAUGAAAUUUCUCCAGUUGCCUUUGGUAUGAAAAAAAAGCAUCAUCGGUAGCUAAAGGUACUUUGGUGGACUUUCUUUUUGCCAAAAAAUCUGUGAUUAUGUACAAUAUAAGGACCGUCUCAUCGACAGUAAGCAGAAACCUGAAAAACACACUUUAAGGGCUUGUAUUUUACGGAAGGCUUCGACCGGGGAUGUGGGUUGUUUUUUAAUUAUUAUUAUUAUUAUUAUUAUUAUUAUUAUUAUUAUUAUUAUUAUUAUUAUUAUUAUUGAGCUGUUGAUAAUGAAUUAUUCUAUGGAAGGGGGUUGAAUAAUAAUUUUAGAUGUUGAUUACACCACAUGCUUAAACACAAUUGUACCACAAAGGUAUUUAUAGUAAAAUAAAAUAAUAAAAGUCUAUAUUCAA